AUGGGGAACUCGGCUGGGCUGUUUUUCUUUAUCCUGCCGGGAAUCUUCAUUAAAAAUCAGUUCUCUUUGCUUUCUGCAGGUGCAGCAGCUGUGGUCCAAACCCCGCUGAAUGUCUUAGCAGCAGAGGGAGAAGAUGCUCCUCUCAGCUGUCAGCUCCUGGAAACUAAAGAUGUCCAGCAGGUCACCUGGCAGAAGGUCUUUGGGAACAAAGAGAGGAAUAUCUGCUCCUACAGCGAGUAUUUUGGUCAAACAGUGAAUCCUGACUUUAAAGAUAAAGUCCAGUUUACAGAAGCUGGACUGAAGAAUUCCUCCAUAGUUAUCAGGAAGGUUACAGAGGAGGAUGAAGGAUGUUAUCUCUGUUUGUUCAACAUCUACCCUGAUGGAGCUCUGAAAGGGAGAACCUGUCUGAAGGUUUAUGAGCUGCAUGAACCCAUCCUUGAUGUCAGCAGAUCAAAUGUUUCUGCAGAGUCAGUUGUGUCCUGUUCAGCCACAGGUCGACCUGCUCCCACUGUAACACUGACUGUUCUACAGCAGAACCUCAGCUUCUCCCACUACAACAGCAGCAGUGUGACCCACAGCAACGGUACAGUCACCGUCACCACCACAGCUCUGCUGUCAGCUUCCAGCAGCACACAGGUUGGAUGUUCAGUGUCAGUGCUCUCUGCUGCUCCCAGAGAGAAGCUGAUCACCGUUCCUGGAGUUAAAGGAACAUCUGAGCCUAAAAAUCUAAAUUUCACCUGGAUCCUUGCUGUAGUUUCAGUAAGUCUAACCUGUUUCGGUGGCGUUUUAAUCUUGAGAAAGUGGAGAUAUAGAAGAAAUAGAGGUGUCCCCUAAAUGGGGACUGAACUGAUGGAAGUGGACUUGCAACCCUGCUUUACGUGCUACAGAACCGUCUCUGUUCCACCUGAUUCAAACGAUUGCUUCUCCUCAGCAACCAUCAAGUGCUGCAAAGUUUUUUAUUCACCCAAUUAUUAAAGUCAGGUGUGUGGCAGCAAGAAGACACUUUAAACAACGACAGAGUUUGGAACCACUGUUCUAAGGGAAAACAUCUUGGCUUUUAUUCUAUUUCUGGAUUGAAUCUUGAAUGAAACAAGGUGGUACAUUUUG